AUGAUCGGAUUGCUCGAGCAUACUAAUAGCACAUGUGUUAGUUUACUCUACGAUGAACUCCACGAUGAAUCAGCCCAUCUAUUGUCUGAAUUAGGAAUGGUGAAAGGUAUAUGCCUCGAGCAAACAGUUGAUCUGAGACGAGGAUCAAAAUCGGAGAUGGAUUUAUAUAGGUUGCUGCUCACUGAAGCUCGUGUGGUAAUUGUUCUUUUGGGCGAAAAGAACUGGAUAGAAUUAAUGAAAGCUCUAAGGACUGAAUUGGUAAUUGCUGGACGGUUUAUCUUCUUCUCACCACAAGAAGCCCGCUGGACCUCGUCAAAGCAAUUUUUAGAGCAAUGGCCUAAUUUUGACCAACUACUCUUGACAGUAACACCACAAAAGCCACCUGAACAGCUGCAAUUGCACCAGUUGGCAUCAAAAUUUGCCAGCUUGCCAUUUCCCCAACACUGGCUAAAGCAGUUCUGGGCAACUGCCUUUCAGUGCCAUAUUGAUGGUGAAGUUACCGCAGGGCAGCAGUUUUCAAAAGAGUGCUCGCACAAGCAAAUGCUCAACAUCUCAGCUAUCACACCGGAUGUCGAUAUUGCUCCAGUCGCUAUAGCGAGUAAAAAGCUAAAAUUACCUAUUACUAUCGUCGGACGAAAUUCAGCUUACUCGGACGGAUACACACGUCAUAAAAUUUGA